UUCCGUAAUGGUGGAAUUGUCUUCGGUAAACAGAUGUCAAAAACUUGGAAACAUUUCCCCAGUAUAACUGAUAAUAGCAGUCGUAAACGUACGAUGUUUUGUGAAACUGGGACCAGUCCUAUCUUUAGGUGUGUUUGCGAUAAGAUUUAUAAUCCUCUGUAUUGAACGCAGCACUGUUGAGUCGAGCUUGCUUUCAUUUAUAUUAGCACCGUCCGUCCGUCCGGCGACAUCAGCGACGCGACAAAGAAGAAGAAGUUAUAUUAAUUAUAAUAUCUACACCAGAUGCGACAAACAGGCAGUAACCAUUGUUGUCUGCCAUUUCUCAGAAUUAUUGUACAACAAGUAUAUCUCGUAAUCACUCCACAGUUUGCCGCACACCGCCAGUACUGCGGCCAUAUGCAAGCACAGACUUCAGACCUUUUGAGAGAAAACGAGGAUAGACUUCAGAAUUAGCAAAAUAUUUUUUAUUUGCCCUGAAUUCUUUUAACUUAGGAAUUCGUACAUUCGUUUGCCAUGCAGCGUUUGUCAGUUUGCAAAUGGCGGCCCUUGUUACUAUUUAUAGUUUUAAUUGUUGGUGUUCUGUUGAUUCUACACUUUUGGAGUAUGAAGAUAGCCGACAACAACGGGUUAGCGGCCUGGAGUCGGACACUGCAACUCAUCGAGGACGAUAUGUCAUCUUCACAAACACAGUCUAAUCAUUGUGGCUGCACUGUUCUUGUCCGACGCGACGCAAAAUGGCAAGACAAGAAACUAGGUUGUCCUAGGAAGGACACAACUGUGCGAGUCUAUCUGAAAACUCCAGCCGGGAGUGUCCCAAUGUAUGUGUAUCCUAAAAUAACUGACAUAUGGGUUUCGAAAUCCAUAAUAGAAAAGAACGAGUGGGAACCCAAGCUGACUAAAAUAGUGACUGAUAUCAUGUCAAGAGAUGUCACGCUUGAUUUCUUGGACGUCGGGUCAAACGUAGGCGCCUACACCAUGACACUAGCUAAGAUGGGACGAAGAGUAACGGCCAUUGAGGCACUUCCUCUAACCGCCAAGCUGCUUUGUAAAUCGGUACAAGAUGCUAAAUUCCCGAAGCCUGUUCCAGUAAUAAUUAACAAUGUUCUUUCAAAUAAAAGGAGCCAGUUUCUGUUUAGAUUUGAUCCCAACAACAUUGGUGGAACUUACGUUGUGGAGAGCGAAAACAAAAGCGCCAUCUUGAAAAACGCCGUCGACUCCAUUCUGCUUGAUGACGUGUUGGAGAUAUUUCGACCUAAAAAUCUGUUUAUCAAGAUGGAUACUCAGAGACACGAACUAAAGAUCCUCGAAGGGGCGAAACAAUUUUUCAGAGACGUCAAUGUGAAAUAUAUUCUCAUGGAGAUGAUGUUUAUUACAAAAGACGACUUUGUCCGAGCCAGCCAAGUCAUUCAGUUCCUGACAAAUCAAAACAUGAACCCAUUCAUGCCCAACAAUUUGGAUGUGCCAGUUGAUAGCGAUAUUCUGAUAAAAAGCACUCGAGAACAAAACAUCUUAUGGAAAAAGUCUUAAAGGCAUACUGUCACGGAUUUAAGGACCUUAUUUCUCUAAAAAUGAAUAAUAAAUAAAAAAUACAUUAAUUGUUGGAAACCAAAUCUAGCUAUCGCAUCACCGUAACUGAACCAUGAUGGA